AUGCAUGGUCUGCAUACAUUUCUGCUUUUUCUUCUCCUGGCGUGUCUUGGACGAAACACGCUGGGGAGUGAAAUCAUAAAUGGGAAAAAGGUCCCGGACAACUUAAUGCUGUAUAUGGCCUCUGUACAGAACAACAGAGGUCAUGUAUGUGGAGGAUUCCUUAUCAGUGAGGAUUUUGUAGUCACUGCAGCGCACUGCGAUGACUCGAAUCCUACAAGUGUUGUUCUUGGCACCCACAAUCUCAAGAAGGUUAAUGACAUGAUGAGAUACAAUGUAACGAGAUGCAAACAUCCAUCUUACCAGAAUGUCCGAUCUGGAAAUGACAUCAUGCUCCUCAAACUGUCUAGGAAAGCUCGACUGGACAAGAGAGUACAACCAAUUCAGCUUCCAAAGACUGAGAUGAAAAUAAAAGAUAAAGCAAAGUGUCGUGUAGCUGGAUGGGGUCGCAUGGGAAAAGAACUUGGACGUGUUGAUGUGCUGCAAUUCGUGGAUGUGCCUAUCAUUAACCUGAAUGUCUGCAAGACGGAAUGGGAUCAAAUUCAAGUUAAGCUUCCUGAAUAUGUUAUUUGUGCGGGUGGAUAUGACACAGACAAAGGAAUCUGUCAGGGUGAUUCUGGUGGCCCUCUGGUGUGUGGUGGGAUGGCAGUGGGUGUUGUGUCCUUUAACAUGAAACGAAACUGUGACUACCCAAAUGUACCCAACGUCUAUACAGACAUAUCAAAAAACCUUCACUGGAUCAAAAAAAUUCUCAAGAAAAAGAAGUGUUAA